GUCGUGUCGUGUCGUGAUGGCGCUCCAACGUCAACACUCGAAGCAGCAGAAGAAGAAGAAAUCUCCCGCCCCAUCCGCUGGUCUUUUUAAACCAAGGCGCGAGGUUUCAUUUCACUCACUCUUGUCAGUUCAGUUCGAGUAAAAAUACUAACAGACUCUAGAAUCCGCUGCCAAAAUGGUGAGGACUAAAGCCGACAGUGUCCCCGGAACAUACAGAAAGGGUAUGUAAUAUAUCUCAGAUAAACACUCUGUUUUAGGCUCUUAAAGCUGAUUUUUUACGCGGGUGUAGCUGUUUUGUCAUGGAGUCUGGCGGGCUUGCAUUCAACCCCAACCGAUGAAAAGAAGCGGGUAGGAACUAAUUGAUCUCUCUGCAUUUCGCGGACAAAACUGGAGUCUUUACUUGUUAAAUCCAACUCACUGGGUCUUCAGAGAGUUUGUAGAAGGUCUGAGGGUCAACUUUAAGGACUAACAAGCUCCCAAACAGCGGCCUCCCGCCAGCACGGAGGUCGGGCGGCUGCUCUCGUAGUGUCCGCCGAAUCGACGAGUGGGUAAUUUUACACAAAUUAAAUGUUUGCCCGCUCAAUAAAUGAUAACCAUGGUCAGUAUUUCUAUCCGUUAAAUUAGAUGACAAUUCAUACUGUUUUCUUGAGCUACACGUCUUACUUCCUGCAAACUGGCGCCAGUUUUUAGCGCCGCAGUGCCGCUUUGUGUGGACGUUGAACCAAACUCAAUUGAAAAAUUACGUAAUUUAUUGCUCUCUCACUAGUAGUCGAAAAAGCAGAGAAGGGUUAAGAUAAUGAGCGAUAUAACGCUAACGUAGUGAAUCACCUGGUAAAUUCGGCACAUAUAAGAGUCAGUUAAGGAUCUACUUCCACAAUAACUUAAAUUUUAACUUGGUGUGUAGGAUUUUAUGGAUACCACAUUUAAAGGCUCCUUCAGUGUGAGUGCAUGCACAAAGUCAUACAAUAAUGCACAUUUACUACAUGCUGCAAGCUUUUUUGCUGUUUUUCAGUUUGCUUUUUGUUGUAUCAUGUGAAACCUGCUGCUUUCACAGUUGGUUGGGGCAGAAAGUUUUCCUAAUAUUUUAUUCGUCCAUCACUUUUUGUUGGACAUGUCUGCUCUGAAUGAAGUUAGAAUCUGUAUCUCUGACAACCCCUGUCAACAUUUGCUCUUGUUUUUGCAGCUGUUGCAGCUUCUGCACCCAGGAAGUCCCUUGGCUCCAGUGCAGCUAAUGCUGCAGCCUCCUCCAGCAGCCAGAGCGCCACGCCAUGUCAGUCUCUGAACUCGCCACCAGCUCUAACACAUCAUCAUCAUCUCUGUGCAUGAUAAGAUCGAGCUGACUCUGAGGUGUUUUCUCUGAUUCACAGCAAAGAGCAAAUAUGCCGGUGGUAACCCUGUGUGUCCCCGUCCCACGCCGACCUGGCAGAAGGGGAUCGGGGACUUCUUCGGUGGUCCACCAAGGAAGCCUGAGAAGGAGAACCAGCAGCCCCGGGUGGUGGAGGAUGAUGAAGAGGCUGGAGGGAGCGGUGUCUCAAAAGCCAGCAGGAAGUAUGUUUGAACACUAAAGAAAGAGGUGUUAGAGCGAGCUGUAGUCCAGAGGUUUCCCCUUCAGCAUGGAGUCACUCGACUCUGGAGGGUUUUUCUGAUCAACUCCGACAUGAUCUGUCUUUAAAGUCUCGUGGUGCACCGGCUAUUUGAGAUGUCACCAUUCAAGCAGACUAAGUCUCAGCUGCAUGAAAUAAGGAGUGAAACUAAAAUACUCGAAGUUUAAGGAAACUUUGUAGUUACUGAAACAUUUAAGGCCAAAAAAAGUUUCUGUCAAUUUCAAGACGAAACAUCCAAAAUGCAAUCUUACAGAAUUCCACCCUGGUUUUAAAACUCUAAAACUACAGGAGGUCCUGGUGAGUGGGUGAGUAAACGGCAAGAGGGCAGAAGUGGUGAUUGUGGAGCAGCGUGAUAAAAACAUCUGUGGUUGGAGGAGCAUAGUUUUGAGGAGAACAGAGCAGAUAUUUUCACGCCCUUUAAUGUGUUUGAAUCAUCCUUACUGUGAAGGAAGUGUACAUUAAUAUUCCUGGACUCUGAUGUAAACAGUCCGGUCCUUUUUGAAUAUCCUGCAGGUGAAGUUUUUACUGUAAACGAUGACACCUGUUCUCCCCUCUACAGACUGAUCCUAUCAGGGCUCUGCAGGCGCUUCAACCAAACAAAUCAGCAGGCGGGUCGGGCUGGGCUAAAAUUCACCUCUUUUACCGUGCACCGAUAUAUCUAAAAUAAAAAAAAAAGACUCGUUAGCACACCCCACAGUUUUCAUUCAAACUAUGAUGUUAUUUUUAUCAUACUAGGCUAAGACAGAUUUGUCAUACUAUAAUGUGACAUUUUUUUCAUACUCUAUUUGGAUAUUUUUAUCAUUAUGUACUAUGACAUUUUUCAACAAAAUUUACUAUGACUUUUUUUCAUACUAUACUUCGAUAUUUUUUAUCACAGAAUAAUGACUUUUUAACAUUCUGUAGUCUGAUAUUUUUGUCAUACUUUACUCUGGGAUUUUUUUAAUACUAUUCUUUGAUUUUUUUUUUUAAGGUACUAUGCCAUGACAUUUCUAUCAUCCUCUACUAUGAUUUUUUUUUUAACAUACUAUACUAUGACAUUUUUUAUCACAUUACUGACUUUUUUAAAAAUACUAUAGUUUUGCAUUUUUUUCAUACUUUACCCUUAGAUUUUUUUAUACUCUUCUUUUAAAAUUUUUAUCGUACUAUAAUAUGAAAUUAUUAUACUCUAUGAUCAUUUUAACAUGCUUUACUAUAGUAAGUAAACUUUAUUUGUAUAGCAUUUUUCACAGACAAAGGAGUCACAAAGUGCUUCACAUAGACAAAAAUAAAAAGACUGACUGACUUUUUUUUAUACUAUGCGAUAAUUUUUUUUAAAUUCCUUUUUUUUUUUUUUUUUUUUACUUCUUUACUCUGACAUUUUUAUCAUAUAAUACUGACUUUUUUUGACAAACUAUAGUCUGAAAUACUAUUUCAUACUUUGAGUUUUUUCUUGUACUAUUCUUCGACAUUUUUAUCAGACUAUACUAUGACAUUUUUUUUAACAUACUACACUUUGGAAUUUUUAUCAUAGUAUACUAUGUUUUUUUUUAUAGUCUAUACUAUGAAGUUUUUUAUGAUACUAUACUCUAACAUUUAUUUUAUACUACACUAUGGAAUUUUGAUUACAUUAUACAUUGAUAUUUUUUUAUCAUACUAUCCUAUGACAUUUUUUAACUCACUAUCCACUGACUGUAAAAUAACCCUCCUCUCGGUGUCUGUCUGUUACUGACUGGUUUUUCCGUCUCUGCAGGUCCAGACCUCUGCCUGCUGAGGAUGAGGAGGACGACGAGUGAAGUCGAUGAAUGAAAUUCUGACCGCUGUUCGUGUCUUAGUGUCAUUUUGAUGUACAUCUGUAUAUAAUUUCUGCUGAAUUUUGUAUAGUUCAUUAAAGUUUUAAAUUCUUUCUCACCCCGAGA